AUGGCUCUCGAGGCGGAGGAUAUGACCGUGGACCAUCUCAGGGAGGUGCUCGAUGGCAUGGUUUGCAGGAACUCCACCAGUCCUAUUACCUUGCCAGAGCAACCGCCUGGCUCUUUCAACCCGGUCAACUUCCCCUGUGCGGACUUGCUCCACACAGACAACGCGAGCGUGCACCUCUUCGAUGUCAUCUUCAACUACCGCAAGGAGAUUGACUUUACCGUGUUGGAGCGCGAGUACAAGCGAGCCAUUGAAAAUGAAGAUCUGGACCUUAUUUCUGCACCCUUCGGCUUGCAGAAGAAAGUGGGCAAGGAUGUAAAACUCCAGAUGGUCAUCCUGAAAGCAUUGGAUGGAUCUUAUACCAUUUGGAAGCACUUCAUCUUCCCCCAGAAAUGCAAGGCCCCUCUCUUCAUGAAGCUCGGCUUCGGAGUUGCCAAGCGCGCCAUCUGGAUGCAGGAGCCCAAGCUCGGCAGAAAGAUCGUGCAGUACUGCAUUGAGACCAUGGGUGGUCGGCAGUUCAAGUGCGCGGAGCUGUCGAGCAACGCCAUCGUGAAGUCCAAGACUGUUUCCUCACUCGAGGACAAGACAGAUGAGGAAGUGGAUGCGGGGUUCGAUUUCAUUUUGGCACAUGGCCCCAGGAGCUCAUCUGAAAUGCAGCGAGCCUUGGUUGACCGCGCUCUUCGGAACUUGGCUUCGGAUGGCGCUUUGGCCCGCAAGGAGUUUGAUUGGCCCAUCCCCUUGACGACCAAGUAUUACCAUUCCUGGCUCUUGGAGAUCAUGGAGGAGAUAUGGGACUUCGAUCUCUCAGCCUUCACCAUGCUGGGGGAGGCGGGCGCGGGAAAGAGCCCGUUGGGUAGGAGCGUCCUGAUGGCACAGGUGCGCCACAACAAGGCGCGCUUCAACUUGUCGGGUCAGCCUUGUAUCCGCUCUACGCCGGAGAUCGACUUUCUUCGUGGCGAACAGGGGUCCGUGCUCAUGGGCGAUUUCCUGGAUGACACAUCCUUGCACAUGCUCCCGAUGAAGUUGCUCAAGGCAUUCCUGGAUGUCGGGCUCUAUGAGAGCAUGUGUUGGGCUCGAUGGGGUGCGACAAAAUGGGUUCAAAACGAACCUCGUGCCGUCGCAGAUAACACCUAUGAUGAUGGUGUUUCCGAGGAGCCUGCGUAUGCCAACACCGUCAGCUUCGAGACUUUCUUCAAGCUCAUGCGCCCCAGCAUUGUGGAAAGUGCCACUCUCGCCCACAUGGAUGCUGUCUUCAAGAGAACUUGCAUCUUGCUCAAUACGAAGACUCACGUCUACUACAGGAAGGCGGGCAUCAACACCGAGGCAGUGCCGCGUGUGUGGGAGAUCAACGCGGAAUAUCUCACCGAGGAGGGCAAACGUCUAUAUGGUCUUCACAAGGGUGGAACCAAGGAGAUCACAGAUGACUUCGUCGAGGAGGUGAAGAAGGAGCAGCUGUGGGUGGAGGCGGUCAUGCACAAGCGCUUCGCAGAGAGGAGUCGCAGCAAGGAGGAUGAAGAGGAAGAUGCCAAGCGCAAUCGGAUUCGGGAGCAAGUUUUCGGAGGGAGGCCAGCGGCGGUUCCUUCGGUGACUCAGCAAAUGCAAGACAAGCAGAAGCGUGCCCUUGAGAAGUCUGCAGUGUCGGUCAAGAAGGAGAAGUUUGAGAUGGAGCAGGAGGGGGUCUUCAAGAAAGCUAAGACAUGGAGCUUGAAUAUGCAGUCUUCUGGCAGCGUGAUCGACGUGGACUCUUCCCCGCAGAAAGUCGUGUCACCUUCACCUGUUGCCCCAGACCACGCUCAGCCAAAGGAAGCAACCAUCUGCAGAGCAGCAAGCUCCUUGUUGUGCAGCCAAGAAUCCAUAGAGAUGGACCAAGCAGCUGAGGAGAUGGAUGAGGCCUGGCUUCAUCCUGCUGGCUGCGGUGCUUCGAACGAGACCUACUCGGAGGUGUGCCUUUGCAAUUCUCUUCACAGCCUUGGGUGCCCCAUUUCUUACGACAAGAAUGGCCCGUUCACUGCGGCUGAUGGAUGUGAGAUGUUGGCCCCCUUAGGUGCCACUUUGAAGUUAGUGUCUACAAACAGCAAGCUGCAGCCAGGCAAGUUUAUCGUGCUGGACACAACAAGAAGCCAUUUCUUCGCUGUCAUCAACGCGAACGGGAAGGUGCAGAAAGUCGACGAUGGCAUGCAUGCUCUCGGCGGAUGUCUUUGCGGAGUUCAUGAAGAGAAGACCUACGGCCCCAAUUUUGUCAAUGUCGAUGGAUGCAAACUGAACACCGCCAACCCGCAGGACAUUCAGAAGGUCUUGUUCGUGAACGUGAAGCGUGGCUUCAGCUUGGAGUACUUGCAGUACCACACCCAGCUUGAGUUCCGUGCAUUUGUUUCAUCCAGAGCCAUCCAGGAUGUGUACGAGAAUGUCUACGGCACCGUGGAUGAUACGGACUUCACUCGCUUCCGGAAGGCUCACGCAGAUGCAAUUAUGUACUGGGCGGCAUUGCAGGAGUUGUCUUCCCUUGGCAUCAACCAACCCAUUGAGAUCGGCAACGAACUCUCCGAGAUCUCUUUGGCUGCGUAUGACAAGCACCUGCGCUCCAAAGUCUUCCCCCCUCGAAACAAAGCUUCUGUCACAGAGCUAGUUGGCGAUGGACAUGCCAAAGUCCAUGUGAAGUGCUCUGAGGACUCACUGUUGAAGAUCUUGCCCAUGUACAAGAAGGUUAACUGCUUCGUGCUGGAUCGGAACUGCGCCUUCAUGCCGCAAGCCCUGGAGGUGAAAGAAUUCAAGCAGGUGAAGUAUUGGACCAUCGACUGCUUCCAUGCCACUGGGCACAAGAAGACAUGCAAGCGCAACCCUCUGCAUGUGCCGCGGUUGGCCAAGCGGUUGAAGCACGUGAACACGUCUGCGGCAGAGCAAGUGUUCUUGUGGUUUCGGAACUACGCACUUGUGCUGAACGAAUCCUCUCCUCUCCGGCACGCCUUCAAGGUGCUCUACUACUGCAAGAUGCAUAACCAAGCGAUCCGCAACAAGAAGGCCAUGUACAUCAACCAGCACGGCCAGCAGGAGCGCAAGCGUGUGGCCAAGCCCUAUCAGUGCUCCUCCGUCUACAAGAAACCGUGCCGCUUCACGAACCUGGACUGGAUCCUGAAUGGUGCAGAGCUGGAGGAGGAGCUGAAGAUCGGCAAGGUGGAGCUGAUCAACGACUUUGUGGCGCAGGGCUACGGCAUGUUGACCUUGGGAGAUGAUGAGGUGACCCCCCUCAACGACGUGGCGCCCAUGGACAAUGGGAACAUCGCCUGCGUGGGCGCGGGCACAGGCCUGGGGCAGUGCUUCCUGGUGGCCGACAACACCUCCGGGGACUACAAGUGCUUCCCCAGCGAAGGCCAGCACGGGGAGUUCGGCCCUCGGGGCGCCGGCUCGGACGAGCUGAAGCUGGAGUUGCUCAAGUACCUCAAGAUCAAGUUCUCCAACGCUGGGAACCGGAUCUCCACGGAGCGAGUGGUGUCAGGCACCGGCAUUUGCAACAUUUACGAGUUUCUCGCCUACAAGCACCCGCACGACGUGGAUGAGGAGGUGCAUAGGCUGCACAAUGAGAAGCCCAAGGAUGCGGGCAUCAUUGCCAUGAAUGCGAUCAAGGGCUCGCUUUGCGAGAAGACCCUCAAGAUCUUCGCGGAUGCCUACGGGGCCCAGUGCGCCACCUUCGCCCUCUACGUCCAGCCCUUCGGAGGCAUUUACAUCACCGGGGGCGUCACCAAGAAGAUUCGGGAUUGGCUCUUGGAGGAAGGCUCCUUCAUGAAGGCCUACUACGACAAAGGGCGCCUCACGCCGGUGCUGCUCCGAGUGCCUCUCUUCAUCGUGAACAGCGACGACAUGGGUCAGCGGGGCGCACACUUCCGGGCCGUGAACCUGCUGAAGCAGGAACUGGAGAAGCAAGCCAAGCGCCUCUUCGACACACUGGACGUGGACAAGAACGGGAUUCUGAACCUUGCGGAGUUGGAGGGACUCUUCGAAAUGGCCGGCAACAAGGUGGGCCACCACAGGCAGGAGUUGGCGCGGGAACUGAUGGAGCACUUGGAUGUGGACAAAGAUGGCAGAGUCACCUUUGGCGACUUCCUGAAGGGCUACAACCAUCUGCCCACCAAGCUCGUCUCGGAGUCGCCCUUCUUGCACGAGCCAGACCACCAGGCCGCGCCCAUGGGCCGCGAAGACUUGGUGUCGCCCCCGGACCGGGGCAACGACGUGGACUCCCAGCUGGCGCUCGCCGAGGAGUUGCGGAAGUUCCAGAGCCGCGAGCGCCGGGAAGCCAUCGAUCCCUUCAAGGAUGCCAACGCGCCCUUGUUCCAGACAAGGCUCUUCAAGCGUCUUCCUGACGCGGAUGCCGGCAGACAGGAGUCCUGGUUGACGCGCAUGUACUGGGUCAGCAACGCAGGCGGCAUUUGCUACCACAGCGUGACGGAGAACAAAGCGCUGCAGUACGUGAGCAACGAGACCGUGGCGGAGAUGAGCUUCUGGACUGUGCCCGAUGAAGAGAGCUCAUGCAUGAAGCACCGCUUCGUGAUCCAGCCCCCGCCGAUAGAUGGCCGGCCCGCGCAGCCCACGGAGUUUGCAGCCCCCACGGCCGACCUGCUCCAGGCCUGGCUCAUCGAGCUGCAGGCGGUGAAGCAGAAGGCACAGGAGCGACGCGCGGCCUAA